UCCUGCACGAGGUUUCAUUCUCACUUUUUAUUUGCAAGUGUGCUUUGGAACCACAGCUGUCCAAAAUGCGCUAAUUGUCCAAACAGGAUUUUCUUUCUGUGUGUGUUUGCGUUGGAAUAAUAAACUUCAUCAGCAAAUGUUUUCAAGAGGCCCUUUCUCAUGUGCCAAAGAAGACAUGAUUCAUUUGCUCAGAUGGACCGUUUUCCUGUGGAUCGUAAAUACCAUUCCUUUUACUUUAGGAAUGGCAGUGAAUGAGAGACUAGAUCAUUCAUGUCCACCCUUAAAGCUGGAGGACAAAUGGCAGACCAGUUUGAGCAUUCACCGAGAAUUAACAGGAUUUGAUUUAGCCGAGAAAUUCUUUCUUCGAAAAGGCCCGGUGAUGGACGACAGGUCGUUGUUUAGACUGGGGAGUAAACCCCUCUUCAAACCCACAGAAUCUGUGUUUACAAAUGGACUUUCACAUGAAUACUCCAUUAUAUCUAUAUUCCGGCUAAGGAAAACCACAAAGAGAGAUCGCUGGUUUCUUCUGCAGAUCUUUGAUAAAGGUGGAGAUACGCAGGCAUCAUUAAUAGUGGAUGGGGCUAAGAAAACGGUGGAGUUUUUAGCCCAGGGUUUUCUGAAGAACAGCCUCCUAUAUGUGUUCAAAAACAGAGACCUGCACGCCUUGUUUGAUCGACAGUUUCACAAGCUCAGUGUAUCCGUAGAAAGCAAUGCUGUUUCCGUCUUCCUGGACUGUAAAUUGAUAGAGCGUCAGGUGACCGCUGAAAGGGGUGCCAUGAACCUGACCGGACGCACCUUCAUCACCACUCGUGUGGAGGAUGGACGUCCAGUGGAUAUUGAGGUUCAAGAGAUCCUGAUCUUUUGUGAUGCUAGAAUAGCCGAGAUGGACAGAUGUUGCGAUUCUCCUGGAGUUACGUGUGAACCCCUGGAAACCCACAAACCCACAGCGGCCCCAUUGGUCACAGGAUACUUCCACAGAUUGCUGUCCAUGCCAGUUUAUCAGCCAACCGAUCGAUGCCACUGUCCCCCCAUUAAGGAGGAUCAAGGGCUUCCUGGUUUGGGAGGACAUGCUGAACAAAAAGGAGAUAAAGGAGAUAUAGGGGAUAUGGGUAAUGGGAGUAUUGCUGAUUCUCUUGGUCUGGAUGGUUCAAAUGGUAGCAAGAGUUUGAAAGGAGAUCCUGGACCUCAAGGCCCACCUGGUGUCAAAGGUGAUAAAGGGGAACCAGGCCCGCCAAGUACAGGAAAUCUAGCAAUUGAAAAUCAAGGACAAAAAGGGGACCAGGGUCUCCCAGGUGUUUCAGGAGAAAAGGGAGACGUUGGGUUGCCCGGUCAGCCAGGAACGCCAGGGAAAGAGGGCAAAAGGGGUCGACGGGGAAAAACAGGAGAACCAGGGACUCCAGGACCUCCAGGUGAGAAGGGUGACCUGUGUGUCGCAGGAGUGGAUAGCCAGAAGGGCGAGAGAGGGGAUCCUGGUUUGCCUGGCCUGCAGGGAGCCAGUGGAAUAAAAGGGCAAAAGGGUGAAGAAGGCCCCCGAGGACUUCCGGGACCUGUUAUGACAGCACAUGGUCUGAGACUAUCUGGACCUGGGGAAGGAGGCGAAAAAGGCCAGAAAGGAGACCAGGGUGAAAAAGGUUCUGAAGGCCCUCAAGGACUAAAGGGAGAUACUGGAUUACCUGGGCUGACAGGGACACCAGGACCUGAGGGAAAAGCAGGUCCCAUUGGCCUUCCUGGUCUUCUUGGAGACCCGGGCUCUGCCGGUCAGCCAGGACUACCUGGAAAAGAUGGAAUGAAAGGAGCGAAGGGUGAUGCAGGUGGAGCACCAGGCCCAAUAGGCUCCCCAGGUCCCAAGGGUGAGCCUGGUGAGCCCUGCAAUGCUGGACCAUGCAAUGCGGAGGAGGUUGUGUCUGGCUUACGUGGGUCACGGGGCCCUAAGGGUGAGCGAGGGGUACCUGGAGUACCUGGAGACGCAGGAGAGAAAGGAGAAUCUGGUAUUGGAAUCACUGGACCCCCUGGUCUGAUGGGACCAAAAGGGGAUCCAGGAUAUCAGGGUCCUCGUGGACUCCCAGGACUAACCGGAUUGCCAGGAAAUAUGGGACCGCCAGGCCCACAAGGCAGACCAGGACCCCCUGGACCCCCUGGAGAACCGACGGCGCUACCCAUUUUUGGAGACAUGGGCGCAUUACUGAAGAACGCCUGCAGUGUGUGUCAAACCAGACUACCAGGACUACCUGGGCAGAAAGGAGAGAAAGGAUCCCCUGGAGCUUCAGGUAUUCCGGGAAUGGAUGGAGAAAAGGGGGAUCAGGGUCUGCGUGGCCCUGCUGGUAAUCCAGGGAAAGAAGGUCCAAAGGGAGUGAAGGGUGAGAGAGGGUUUCCUGGACCAAUGGGGGACAAGGGGGAUGAGGGGGCUUCUGGUGUGCCAGGAUUACCUGGAGCCACAGGCCGUAUAGGUGCACCGGGACUUUUAGGCAGACCAGGACCUGCUGGACCCCCAGGACCAAAGGGAGAUCGGGGCAGUGAGGGGCAGACAGGUAGACCCGGACCGCCUGGACCUCCUGGAGUUCCAUAUGCGGAGGGGAAUGGAAUGAGCAGUCUCUAUAAGCUUCAGAAUGUUGGGGGUAAUGCAGGCCAGAUUGGACCACCUGGGCCACCUGGACCCUCGGGCCCCAAAGGAGAUGAAGGAAAGUUGGGUGAGCCGGGACUGAUGGGAUUACCAGGACUAGAAGGGCUGCCAGGUGCUAAGGGAGAUCCUGGUCUACCUGGUCCACCUGGAAUUGCUGGACCUGCUGGAAAGCCUGGCCUGCGUGGUGAGCCAGGGAACCCUGGAGAGCCGGGAGGGCGGGGCCCUCUGGGAGAGACUGGCUUCCCUGGACCUGAAGGGCCUCCUGGAGUCCCUGGAAGGCCGGGGAAGGAUGGAAUUCCGGGCUAUGAGGGAGCCACAGGCAGACCAGGUGACAGAGGUUCCAAAGGGGAACGGGGAGAUCCGGGAAUUUCAGGAGAAAGAGGAGUCCAGGGAGAGAGAGGGAAACCUGGUGACAAAGGGUUUAUUGGUCCACAGGGACCGCCCGGACCAAAAGGAGAACCAGGCCCACCUGGGUCUUUAACAUCACCGGGGGCCGUGAAUUUGUUGAGUGAUACAGCUGCCUUGGAUGAAAUUAAAACAUUCAUUCGAAAUGAAGUAUUGCGUGUGUUUGAAGAGAAGUUUUCUGAGAGUUACGCCUCGAUGCAGAAAACGCCUGCAGCUAUAUUAGCUGCACAAGUUCGACAAGGCCCUCCGGGGCCACCCGGCAAUGUUGGCUCCCCAGGACUCCCCGGAGAGCCAGGUCCUUCAGGACCCCAAGGGUAUCGAGGGCAGAAAGGGGAACGUGGUCAAAUGGGGUUGGGAAUACCAGGAGCACCGGGCCCCACUGGCCCACCAGGUUUACCCGGAAUAGGCAUCCAGGGGCCCUCAGGUCCCCCAGGGACCCAAGGUCCACAGGGCAGAUGUAACCCCAGUGACUGUCUUCACCAUUACCCUCAUGGCAGACGGGAUGGUUAGGAUCUCUGACACUUCCUCAUUUAACCUGCUAAGAUCCUGGAAAUGAAUGAAAAUCAUAUAUACGCAAACCUUGGACUCAAAAGCAAGUGUCUGUCAUCCCUGCUAGAAAAAGAGAAACAGCCACCUGUGAGUUUGUCCAAACUUCAUCCAUUACGUGUGUGGAAGUUUUCAGUCCCUCCUGUUACGCAGAUUGCAAACAGGAUUCAGUAUGUUCAUCUACUGUAAUGUGGGCAUCAAUACAGCUAGAGCUUGAGACGUCAUUCAGAUUUGUCAUUAAUCUCUGUUUUUCAUAUUUGUGACCAAAUGGGUUCUGCAUUUACUAAUUUUCCAUGUUUUGUGUAUGAGGUAUGAAAGUUCAAAUCACGUCAUUACAAAUAUCAAAACAGAUGGUUUUAUCUGGCAAGAUGUAAUCAAGGUGAAAUGAGAAUUGUAUUUAUACUUGCUUAUUUUCCUCAAGCUAAGGUGAAAUUUAGUUUUAACUGAAUUGUGAUGGUGCUAUGCAAUCUAAAGUAAAAAAAAAUAAUAAUAAUGUUAACAAAUAUUAAGUAAAUAAGGUUAUGGACAUAUCUUCAGAUGCUAUUUGUGUUUUCAAACAUUUAAUUUUGACAAAUGUUUAAAAAAGUGUACUUUCCUGUCCUGCAGGAGUAACUUUACUCAUUAAGGGAGUAAAUUGUCAUCAUAUUGCCUCACAUGCACUGACAGUACAUGUAUGAUGGAUCGCUCAUUGUUAUGGAUCCAUUCAGGUUUAAGGACAUUUUUAGGAAAUGUGGAAGCUCAGCUGAUAUAUAUAUAUAUACACACACACACACACACACCGAUCAGCCACAACAUUUAAACCACCUGCCUAAUAUUGUGUAGGUCGCCCUCGUGCCACCAAAACAGUGCCAACCCGCAUCUAUUGCUAUUCCGAUGCUAUUCUUCUCACCACAAUUGUACAGAGCAGUUAUCUGAGUUACUGUAGACUUUGUCAGUUCAAACCAGUCUUGUCAUUCUCCGUUGACCUCUCUCAUCAACGAGGCAUUUCCAUCCACAGCUCUGCUGCUCACUGGAU